AUGGUUAAACAAGUUAAUGAUUCGGUAAUGGAUUUUUAUAUGAAAGUAAAAGCUAGUACCAGUGAUAGUGAAAAACAGGUCAGAGAAAUAUUUAUUAAUGGAUUAUCUCCUGAGAAUUAUUUGGAAGCUGAAAAAUUUGAAUCAGGAAUUUUAUUAAAUGAACUGGUAGAAAGACUAUGGGUAUUAGAGUCAGAACACAAAGCUAAGUAUAUUAAAUUAAAAGCAGAAGUAAUAAACAUAAUUAAAAAUGCAUUUGAAAAUGGUGCUAAAAAUCUUAAAAAACUAAAAACUGAACAACCAGAAUUUUAUGACUUUUAUUUUAAGAUAUAG